CCUUGUUUUGGGCACGAAAGCAAUGUCUAAACGGCGACACGAAGACGAAAUUGGUGGAUCUGGCAAGGAGCGCCGAGGCGGUGGCGAGCUUCGCGAGCAGCUGGCGAGCCAAUUAAGCGGCCUAAACAGCCAAUUUGCCAGCUGGGUUGCCGUCAAUGCGAGCACCAACCCUCACAAAUUCUGGAUCGAGGGCGUUAAGGACUACAUCGUGCACGCCGCCAAGAUUCUCGAAAGCUGUUCGGACCUCCUCUCUCCGGAGGGUAUGGCGGGACUGAGGCAGGCCGGAGCAGACGCCGACAAGGCGACUGAGGCGCUCGCCAAGGCCCCGGCGACGUUUGGUGCAGCCGCGGCCAGCGGCUUGUUCAGCGGGCCAGCAACAACCGCGGCUGCCAGCAAGUCGCCUGCGCCUGCCGGGGGCUUUUCUGGAACCGGCGCUGCCUCCUCCUCGCCAUCUGGCACAUCAUCGAUCGCGCCGACCGCCUCCGCACCGUCGCUGUUCGGUGCCCCUGCGCCAACUGCCGCUGCGCCCGCCGCCGCCCCCACCGCCACAACCACCACCACCGGCGGCUUCUCGUUCGGCGCGCCGACCACAUCGACCGCCACCGGGGCGGGCGCCGGCGCUGAUGCAGAUAAGGGCAAGGAGGUCGCUGCAAAAGCUGCCUUCAGCUUCGGCGCCGCAGCUGCCAAUGCAGCGGGAUCGGGCAAGGAGAAGGAAAAGGAGGGUGGUGGCGGGCCCGGGUUUUCUUUUGGCGCUCCCGCGGGCACCUCGGGUAUCGGCGGCUUCGGUGCCGCCGGCUUCGGUGCGCCGGCCCCCGUGACCACGGGGGCCACUGGCGACGCCGCGCCCAAGUCGCUGUUCUCCUUUGGGGCUGCCGCGGCAGCUAGCAAGCCAGCUGACGCGGGCACUGCCCCUGCCUCCGUCUCUGCCCCGGCUGCCUUCUCGUUUGGCGCGCCUGCGGCUGGCGGCAGCAGCAGCAGCAGUGCCGCCGCCGCCGGCUCGGCCGCUCUGGCGGGGUCUAUCUUUGGCGGCAGCAGCAGCUCGGCCGCCGCCACCACCAGCAUUACGCCUGCCUUCACCUUCGGCGCAGCGGCAGCCGACAAGGGCAAGGGCAAGGAUGGGGAAAGCAGCAACAAAGGCCCGGCGCCGGCGUUCGGAUUCCUGGCGCCGCCCGGCAGCGCAGCGGCAGCGGGCUCCGCACCGGCGUUCUCCUUUGGUGGCGCUGCAGCGGGCGCGGCGCCGGCGUUCAAUUUUGGGGCCGCGCCGGCUGGCGGUGCGGCGGCUGGUGGCGGUGGUGACGGCGACGACGACGGCGAUGCGGAGCCGGAGCCGCAGGACGAGUGCGCGAAGGAGCCCAGCCUCAAGGUGGACGACAAUGUGGAGCUCCUGUUCAAGGAGAAGGCGCGGCUGCAGGUGCCGAUGAAGAAUGCUGAAGGCAAGGUGACGAGCUGGGAGUCCAAGGGCAUCGGCAUGCUCUCGGUGCGCAAGGCCAAAACGGAAGGUGCCAAGCCUUACAUCGCGCUCUUCACCGAGUCGGGCCGCUGCCUGUACCAAGCGUACUUCAACAAGACCAUGAAGCUGGUGGUGAGCGACAAGCAGAAGAGCGUGGCCUUCACCGCCGCAUGGAGCCCCGACGGCAACUCGCCGCCCGCGCUCAACGCGGCGCUGUUCCAGCUAGCUGCGGGCAAGAACCGCGCCUUCGAGGCAGUGGUCCUCAAGCUUCAGGAGGAGAUGAAGGAGUAGGGGGUGGCGAGAGUGGGGAGGGACAGGAGGUGGUCUUGCACGACGUUUUGAAUGUACAUAGCAGGUACGCGCAAGCGUGACUGCUCGCGAUGGUUGCCUGGCAACGCAGAAUGAGGGGUUGGCGGACUUGACGAGGCGGAGGGCAACGAGGGUGCGCACCAGGCAGGGGGUCUCAAAAGGUGACCACCAUGGUGGAUGGAGGGAGUUGCGGCCGUUUUGUUUAGGUGCAGUGCGACGGCAUGCCAGGUGUAAGCUUCUGGUGGUAUCUUACAUUAAGUUGCACGUUGUGCAUUUUUCUCGCACAGUCGGUGACGCGCGGGGACCCGUAAUCGGGCCGGUACACAUUGCAGUU